AUGGCCAACCAGUGCUCCGGUCACAUCUUCGCCAUCGUUCAAGCGACGAAUGGCAACAUCCUGACAUGGCGGUGCUCGGAUUGCAACUCCGGACCCUUCGUGGCCAUCUGGCGCUGCAAGAUCUGUGGCCACUGUCGCUGCAAUGCCUGCCACAAUUCUAAGAAUUAG